UACCAGUCGGAUAUGCACGCAUCGAAUUCAAGUCUCUUCAACAUGUUCGAGCUGUGGCGAGCAGAUCCCUGGACAACUGAAGUGUAUUUGCUCAAUUCGCCAUGGCCUGUGACAUGCCUCUGUACGGCAUAUUUAUUAUUUAUCUACAAAAUCGGUCCGGAAUUCAUGAAGCAUCGCAAACCCUACAAUCUGAGGAACAUAAUACUCAUCUAUAACAUCUGUCAAAUGAUCUACAAUGGAUCGAUCUUUCUUAUGGCUUUUUAUUAUCUAUUAAUCGAUGGUACAUACGAUAUAACUUGCAUGCACACCCUCAGUCUAGACCAUCCGAAGAAGUCGAUAGAGCGUUGGAUUACCUAUAUUUUCUUCAUGAACAAGAUAUUCGAUCUACUGGAUACGAUAUUCUUUGUGCUGCGCAAGAGCUACAAACAGAUCACAGUGCUGCACGUAUAUCAUCAUGCCAUGAUGGUCUACUUCAUGUACUGGGUCACACGACUCUAUGGCGCCGGCGGCCAAUACGCAGUAAUGGGACUAUGCAAUACAACUGUGCACUUCCUAAUGUACUUUUACUACUUCAAUGCGGGCCUGCGGCCCAAAAUGAAGAUGAACCUAUGGUGGAAGAAGUACAUAACUAUCGCCCAAAUUGUACAGUUUAUGAUAUAUUUAGUGCAAAGCAUUGUAGUUCUCGUCUUUAAUCCCACCUGCCAGUUUCCCUUGUUUAUGCAAUGGCAACAGAUAUUUCAGUCAACCCUGAUGAUUUUCCUGUUCGGCAAUUUCUAUUAUCACGCAUAUAUAAAACCAAAGCAAAAAACUGAAUAAACCUUUAGAAAUAAUGUCGCAAAA